AUGUUUAAUCGAGUUCGUACACGUUUCGCUCCUUCGCCAACGGGGCAUUUACAUUUAGGGGGAGCCCGCACCGCUCUUUAUUGUUAUUUAUUCGCUCAACAUUACAAAGGAAAAUUUGUAGUUCGUUUUGAGGACACCGAUCGCCAGCGGCAUCAAUCACAGAUUGAGAGUAAAUUGUUAUCACAACUACGAUGACUCGGUUUGCAAAUUGAUGAAAGUGUUGAUAUCGGCGGUCCAUACGAACCCUAUCGCCAAUCUGAUCGUUUACCAAUUUAUCAAAAAAUUGCUCGUCAAUUAGUCCAAACAAAAAAAGCAUAUUAUUGUUUUUGUACUCUUUAUGGCGAAGUUUUUUUUGAAACGACUUAUAUUGAAGAUUUUAUUUUAAUCAAAACGGACUUAUUUCCCACUUAUAAUUUUGCCGUUAUCGUCGAUGAUCAUUUGAUGGAGAUUUCUCAUAUAUUAAGAGGUUCCGAUCACUUGUCAAAUACUCCUAAACAAAUUUUGCUUUAUCAGGCUUUAGAAUGA